GUCCGGCAGCUCCCGCGGGGGUCGCCGAGGGUCCCGGCCAUGAAGAGGAUGUUCUCCUGCUCCAGCUCGCAAGUGACGGUGAGUCCCGGCGGGGAACGGGGGGCCCGUGCCGGCUGCAAUCCCGAUCCCGGUCCCGGUUCUGGUGCUGGUCCCGAUGGCAGCUGCAGUCUGAGCCUCCAUCCCGGAUUCAUCCCCGAUCCUGACCCCAAUGCAGCCCCCAGCUCCCACGGGCUCGCCCCCAGCCCUGGCCCCGCUGCCGGUGCCGCCGCCCAUCCCGACUCCCAGCCCCGGUUCCCGUUCCCAGAGCCGGGUCUCGGUCCCUGCUCCCGGUGGCGGUCCCCGGUCCCAAUCCCAGUCCCCGGUGGCGGUGCCACCCCCGCCCGGUGGCACGCUGGAGCCCAGCCCGGCUCGGUGGCACUCGCCAAACCAGCCGGGCGGGCACAGGCCGGGACACGCUGCGGCCUCUCCGCCCCUCCCGGCUCCGCGGGGCUCCGGGAUCCCUCACGGAGCGGGGAAACUGAGGCAGGAGAUGCGUGAGGGGGGGGUCCUGUGCCGGGCUGGGGGUCCCGCCCUGGAUGUGGGGUCCCGAGCUGGAUGUGGGGUCCCACCCCCGCAGAUGGAGAGCUGGACGCGGCGGGACCAGAAGCUCCUGGACGCGGUGACUCGCGGGGACGUGGCCCGAGUGGCCGCCCUGGCCGCCCGCAAGGCCGCCCGCCCCGCCAAGCUCAACGCCAGGGGACAAUCCGCGCUCCACCUGGCCGCGGCCCAGGGUCUCACCGAGUGCCUGACGCUGCUGCUGGAGCACGGGGCCCCCGCCAACGAGACCAACGAUGACGGCAGCACCGCCCUGCACUUGGCCACCAUCGCCUGCCAGCCCCAGUGCGUGAAGGUGCUGCUGCAGCACGGAGCCAACGAGCGCCACAUGGACGGGCAGAACCGGACACCGCUGCACUGGGCCGCCUCCUCGGGCUGCGCCUCCAGCGUCCUCCUGCUCUGCGACCACGAGGCUCCGCUGGACACCCCCGACACUCACGGGCAGACCCCGCUGAUGCUGGCGGCGCGGGGGAACCACGCGGCCGUUUGUGCCCAGCUCCUGCGGCGAGGGGCCGAGCCCGGGCUGGCCGACAGGGACGGCAGGACGGCGCUGGAGCUGGCGCUGGCUCACGGCAGCCGGGAAGUGGCCGAGCUGCUGCAGGGCCACAAGAGGGACAAGGACAUCGGGAAUGGCACCGGGAAUGGCACCGGGAAUGGCACCGGAAAGGUCCCGCAGCGCGGGAGGAGAGCAGAGAAUGGUGCUGGACAGGUGGGAGUCCAGGGCGAGGAGGAGGAGCGGGACGGACGCGCUGCCCGGCGGCUGCGGGAGGAGCUGGCGAGGAAGACUCUGGAAUGCCGGCGGCUGGAGGAAGCUGCCGAGGGCAUCCGGCAGCGGCUGCGGGAGCUCGUGCGGCUCCUGCCGGGGCGGGAUGAGGGUGAGGAUGAGGAGGAGGAUGACGGCGCCUACCUGGAGCUCCUGGCCCGGCGCGUGGCGGAGCUGAGGAAGAGGACGAGGGAUGAAGAGCGGGAAGGAGGACACGGCAGCGCCGAGGCUCCGGCGCUGAUCCCGUUCCUGGCCUGGCUGGGAGAGGAGUGCUCCAAAAUGCGGGAAGCGAAGGCCGGCGCCUUCUCCCGGAGCCAGGAGCUGCGCCGGGAGGAGGAGGAUUCCCUGCGGGACGAGGCCGCGGGCCGGAGCGCCUGGGAGCGGCUGGCGGCGGCGCUGGAGCAGGCGCUGGAGCACCAGGACCAGAUCCAUGCCAGGAUACUCCAGGGAUCCCAAAUCCUCCUGGAAAAGCUCCGUGGGGAGCCAGCGGCAGCGUGCCGGGGCGCAGGGAACGGCGCGGAGCCGGCUCCGGGCGGGAAGGGCCGGGAGGAGACCCCGAAAGAGGCCGGGGGGAUGGAGAAGGAGCUGCUGGAGCUGCGGGAGGGCAACGGGAAACUCCUGGUGGAGCUGGCGCGGCUGGGCCGGGAGCGGGAGCGGCUGCAGCAGGAGCUGCGGGAGCUGCGGGAUCCCGGGAAGCGGGACGAGGCCUGGCGGCUGCGCCGGGAGCUGCGGGCGCUGCGGGACGGGCUGGGAGAGCGGGUGCGGGACGCGGGAGGCGACGCCGGGGCCGGGAUUCUCCGGGACCUGCACCGGAGGCUGGACGCGCUGGUGCGGUCCCAGCACGAGGCCCUGCAGCUCCUGACGGAGAUGGAGGGAGAGGCCGGGGAGAGCCCCGGGAGCGGCGGGGAGGGCGGGAUACCGGGAGAACCGGGGGCGGCGGUGGGUGCCGGCGCUCCGCAGGGCCCGGAGCUCGGCACCGCCGGGGUCCCAGCGGAGCCGGCGGGGUCGGAGGCGGAGCGGUGGCGGGAGGCGGCGGCGGCGGCCGAGGCGAGGGCGGCCGGGCAGGAGCAGGAGCUGCGGGAGCUGCGGGGCACGGCCGAGGGGCUGGAGCGCAGCCUGGCAGCGCUGCGGGAGCGGGCGGCUCGGCUGGAGCGCGCCUGCCGCGAUAAGGACGGGAAGCUGAAGCAGCUGCUGGCGGAGACGGAGAAACUCUCGGCCGAGGUGUUGGGGCUGCGGGGCCGGAGCGCCCGGCUCCAGCUCCAGCUGGAGGUCCAGGAGAAGCAGCACCGGGACACCGUGGCCGUGUACCGGAGCCACCUUCUCCAGGCUGCCCAGGGAUUCAUGGAUGAGGGCGUCCACGCCGCGCUGCUGCGGAUCCUGCGGGCCGAGGCGAGAGCGGGGCCGUGGCAUUAAACCGGGAAACUGAGGCACACACCUGGCCUGUGUCCCAUUCCGUGUCCCCAUCCCAGCAGCUCUGGGAAGGGGGUGUACCCUGGAAUCCCCCAGCCCAUCCUGGGCUCUCCA